CCCGUCACCAUGUCUCGCCAGUCCUGUGGUCUCGGCAAGGGAUUCAGCUCCAGCUCCGCUUGCUUCGGGGGGAGGAACAAGGUCACGUUCAGCUCUGUGUCCCGCGGAGGAUGCAGGGGACCUGGCAACGCUGGUGGCUUCAGCAGCAGGAGCCUCUAUUGCUUGGGAGGGAGUAAAAGUACCUCGCUGGGAGGAUUCGGUGGAGGUGGAUUUGGUGGUGGCUAUGGUUGUGGGGCCGGAGGCGCCUUCGGAUUCGAUGGCGGGAUGGGAGGUCAAGGCUUUCCCACUUGCCCACCGGGCGGCAUCAAGGAAGUGACCAUCAACCAGAGCCUGCUGGCCCCGCUCAACCUUGAGAUCGACCCUGAGAUCCAGAAGGUGCGAACACAAGAGCGGGAGGAGAUGAAGCAGCUCAACAACAAAUUCGCUUCCUUCAUUGACAAGGUCCGGUUCCUAGAGCAGCAGAACCGAGUCCUGGAGACCAAGUGGAAACUCCUGCAGGAGCAGGGUGGCACAGGGACGGGUGCCAGGAACCUCGACCCCUUUUUUGAAACCUACAUCAGCGGGCUGAGGAAGCAGCUGGACAGCCUCUCAAGCGAGAAGCAUCAGCUGGAGUCAGAGCUGAAGAGCUUCCAAGAUAUGGUGGAAGACUUCAAGACCAAGUAUGAAGAGGAAAUAAACAAAAGGACAGCUGCGGAGAACGAUUUUGUGCUCCUAAAAAAGGACGUGGAUGCAGUCUAUAUGGCCAAGGUGGAACUUCAGGCAAAAUUAGAUGCUCUGGCAGAUGAGAUUAACUUCUUGAAGUAUCUUUAUGAAGCGGAGCUGUCUGAGAUGCAGAAAGCCGUUUCCGACACCUCUGUGGUUCUCUCCAUGGACAAUAACCGAAACCUGGACCUGGACAGCAUCAUUGCAGAGGUCAAAGUCCAAUACGAGGAGAUCGCCAACAGGAGCCGAGUGGAGGCUGAGUCUUGGUACCGAUGCAAGUACGAAGAGCUGCAGGCUACCGCAGGCAAACACGGAGACAGCCUGAAGGACACGAAGGUGGAGAUCUCUGAGCUCAACCGCGUGAUCCAGAGGAUACGGACUGAGAUCGAGAGUGUGAAGAAACAGUGUGAAACUCUGCAGAGCUCUAUUGCGGAUGCCGAGCAGCGCGGGGAGCUGGCCCUCAAGGAUGCCCAGGCCAAACUGACGGACCUGGAGUCAGCCCUGCAGAAAGCCAAGGCAGACAUGGCCCGGCAGCUCCGCGAGUACCAGGAGCUCAUGAACGUCAAGCUGGCCCUGGACAUCGAGAUCGCGACCUACAGGAAGCUGCUGGAGGGCGAGGAGUGCAGGAUGUCUGGAGAGUGUCAGAGCGCCGUGAGCAUCUGUAAGUAG